GCUGUUUUUACUACUUGUUGGCGGUUCGUGAUUCUCUAUCGCCCCGGCGAACUGUUAUGGUCAGGUCUUUUUUGUGAAAGACAGCGAGUGAAAACGGGGCGACGUACGGACCCAGACGGGCCCCGCAGAGUCUCCACAGAGCGAGACGCUGCACUGGGAGGGUCCGUAAGAGGCCCUCCAUGUUAUUGGAGUUUCAGGGGAAACAUACAACAACAGAGAACCCAG